GAAAGUUUGACGAACCGGAAGUAAAAGGGAACAAGCUGUUACAAUUAAAUAUCCAAUUAAGAACAUUUAGCUAUGACAUUUAUCGAGAAAUAAAACAUACAAAUGGAUAACCAGUCAUCUGCAAGUUCUUCACAGAGUGACUAUGAGUUUGACUCAUCGUUGGCUGAGCUGUUCCCCAGCCUGGGGGACUUACCGGGCACCAAUCCCCUGGCCCUGCUCCUUACGUCCCUCAGCGGCAGUGGUGGGGGUGGGGAUGACCGGGGAGCCAGCCUGUACAACCCUUUCAACCUGCCCCGUCCCCGAUUACAUGAGAUCCACGCCCUUGCCACCGCCUCACUCAUCUCACAGACACAGGAAGCCAUCAUGCAUGAGUACAAUAUCUCCCAGGAUGAACUUGGGGGAGUGAACAGUAGCACACAGUCCCACUCUGCCACUCUGUCUCCAGAGAAAUACUCGCUGGAGAGUUUUAAUAAGUCUGUUGAUACUCCAGUAAAAUUACCUGUUAAACAUUCUGAUGCUUCUUUCAAGUGCAAUGACCAAGAGUUAGGUCACAGAUCAAGAACACCGUGUGGAACUGAUAUGCAAAUUUCAGUUGAGGCAUUUAAUAGUAUAAACUCAUUGUUAGACAAUGAUGAGGCCAUUUCUGUUAAACCAGAUGUGGGUAAAGAUACCAGUUGUUUUCAAAAUCCAGUUGUAGGCAAAAAGUCAGAACGUCAGUUGGUGACCUGUGAUCGAGAACUUAAUUUUGCUGUCCAGAAUAUUCCACCAAAGGAAAAUGUUGUGGAAUACGUUGAAGUCAAAGACAUGCCACAAGUUGUAAAUUGUCCCACAGUUAUAAUCGAAAAAUCAAAAGGUGCUCCAAAUUUAUUAAAUUCUAAUGAAUUGUCAAAUGAAGAUAAUAUAACAGUACAAAAUGGUUUAAUGUCCCUGCCAACAGACAUAGAACAGAAAAAAGAUCAAACUGUUAUUUUUCUAGAUGAAGAUUUUAAACAAGCAAAAACAGAUGAAUUUCCCUUGGAUAGUGAGCAUGUCAACUUGAAGGUUGGCUCUGACCCGGACAUCCACAACAAGAGAGUAUUGUUUGUGUGUCAUAUUUGCUUGAAGCACUUUAUGAGCGAGUCUCUCCUAGAGGAGCACAUGACGGGCCACUUGCAGUAUGUGUGUCCCCAGCCCGGCUGUGUGAGGACAUUUGCCUACAGAAGUCACCUGCACUACCAUCUCAAUACUCACAGCGGAUCCCGAAGCCAUCGGUGUCAGGAGUGUGGUUGUGUGUUCAGCACAGCCCAACACCUGGCGGCCCACCAGCGAACCCAUGCCGGGGACCGGCCCUACCCCUGUACACAGUGUGGCCGUGCUUUCACCACCCUUUCCCAGCUCAACAGCCAUGCCCGCACUCACACUGGUGAGAAGCCAUACAAAUGUGAGGUGGCCAACUGUGGGAAAAGCUUUGCUGAAAGUUCAUCUCUCAAAAAACACAAAGUCACACACUCAGGAGAAAAGCCAUACAAGUGUUCCAUAUGUGGCAAGGGAUUUACCCAGACCAGUUCCCGGGGAUACCAUAUGAAGAAAGCACACAAGGACACAGCCAAACCCUAACACGGACGUUUGCUGUACUGGCCAUCACAUUGACACUGACCAUUAAACUGACCAGUGCUGUAGUAGUGAUGAGAUCCCGGAGCUACUACAUAUUGAAGGCUCCCCUAGACUUAGCCAAGCCCUUACCUGGCCAUUGGUCUUUACCUGACCAACACACUGACCCUCGUAGAGAAGGCCCAACCAAACACAACUUAGCCCUGACCCUGGAGCACAGUGAGUGGUUCUUCAGAAACAGACAUGGUUGGAUUGAACAAGAACUAAGUAAUGACAUGACUGAUAAGAAACCAAGUGUCAGUACAGAGUUAUGGCAUAACUGAUCAGUUAGGAGUCGAAAGUCAGCAUUACAGAAACCCACAGAUUCUAAUAAAUAUCAAAACAGUGAUGCAGAGGAGGCAACAUUUGUACGAGGAAAUAAAGAAUUCAUUGUCUCACUCUGAAGAUGAGAGUUUCUGAAAUAUAAUGACAUGCACAAGUUACAUAUGUAAACAAAUUUUGCAAUUAAAAAUAGUGUUUUUUAGGUCUGAAAUUAAUUUUUCUUCUACAUUCAUUUUAUGAUUGUAGAAUGUUUUGUUUUAAUUAUACAGGACUGUGUUGCACAGCUCAAUCAGUACUCAGAUAAAAGUGGAACGAUUUGUAGACUUAUUCAGUGACUUACUCAUUUAAAUAAUUGUGAUACGUUAGUUUUAGUGAAAUAAAGAGCAAUAUAAACAAGUGCAAUUGUAUUUAAUUUAUAUCACUUAUACCCCUAUCCAUCAACAUGUGCAGUUUCUGUAGAGAUGUAUACAUAUACAUGCACAUACAAUAUUUCUAGAGUAGGAAAACUACCUAAGUGAGCUUUUUUCCUCUCGGAGAGAUCUCAAAAUAUAAUAUAAACUAAUAUAAAACUGUCUAGGUCAAUAUUUUCAACUACAAGUAUAAGUUGUAGAGACCAUGUGUAAUGUUCAUUGAUUGAAGUUUAUCAUACAAAUAAAACAACAAGGUUUAUUUUAAAUGUUCAAAACACAAAGUCAAAAAAUAAACCCGUAACAUUUUGAACUUUCAGUACUAAUCCAAUAAGAACUUCAAAGCUCUUUUCUUGAUUGCUUUGACCUCAUUAUUUUUUACAAACACUUGAAUUACAACAAUUUGUUGAGUUCCUUAACAUGGACUUGGAUGGGUUACAAGUUCACUAUAAUUUUGUUAAAAUCUGAUGGAUAUGUAAAGUUUACACUAGAAGCAGGGGCAGCAAAUCUUGCUAUAUUAUCUCCCUUUCUGUUGGAGAUUGCAUUAUUGUCUAUUUUUAGUUGUCUAUUUUUAGUAACAAGGGAAUAUAUUUUAAAUUUUAUUAAUUCUUCACAGUAGUCACACUUCAAAGGUAAUAAUUGUUCUUUUUAUAGGUUUAAGUAAUAAUAUAUAUCUCUAUAUUUUUUUAAGAAGAAUUUUAUUUUUACUCCAUGAUGAAUUUAAUAAUCAGACUACC